GGACAAAUCGUGGGAAACAUGUUUAUACGAUCGGAAUGUUAAAAGAGUUUGUAAAAAGAGUCAUCCACCCACGUUUCUCCCUUUCUUUUCCCUCUUCUUUCCCUCCAAUCUUUCUUUUUUUUUUUUUAUUCAUAUAUAUCCAUAUGGUGUGUGCCACAAUCAUGAAUAAACGACACUUGGAAGAAGAAGAAGAUGAAUUUGAUAUGGUUAUGGAGGAAGACGAUGACUCUGAAGACGACUCCUCUCAAGAUGAAUCCCCUCCUAAACGACCCAUCACUCAACCUUUAUUUUUAAACUUUACUUCGGAUCUAUCGCCUCAGAAAGCAAACAAAAAGAAAUCAAAGCCAAAGAAACAGACUGCUUAUAGAGUCAAUGGUGUUAACAUCCUUAAUAGAAACAACCUAGACAGCAAAACAGCUAUUGAACGAAUUCAACGUCGUAGAGAAAACCAUAAUCAUGUAGAACGUCGUCGCAGAGAUAAUAUCAAUAACACUAUAUUUGAACUAUCCAAUGUCGUCCCAAACGCCAUUCAACCGGGUCAAAAACCUAAUAAGGGCAGCAUUUUAAAGCUUUCCCUGGAUUAUAUUCGAGACCUGCAAGCUGAGAAUAAUGCUUUAAAAGAGCGUCUGAAUCUUUCUCAUAAUGUGGCCAUCAACACAAAUAAUAGCAUGCGUGUGCUACCAGUGGCAACCCCAUUACCAGCAUCCUCACCAUCCCCACCAGCACCAGCACCAGCGGCAUUACAAGCACUACAAGCACCAGCACUACAAGCACCAAUAAAUGUUGUGAAUGAAAUAUAUCCUCCAUCAGCCCCCAAUUCACCCCGAUUUAUUGUUAGUGAUAAUAGCAUUUUUACCCAGACCUCAAUUAGUUUGCCUUCUUCACCUCAAAAGGAAGAGCUGCGGUUACCCCAGCAACACCAUCAGGCACAGUACACGCACCCACACCAGCAAUAUCAUCCAGCACAGCAACAGCAACAACUGCAAAACGGAUUCUCGAACAUGUCAGUGUCUUCCAACUCAUCCUCAGCGGCUAGUACUCCUACACAUCAACAGACUUUCUAUACACCCAUUUACAUCCCUCAACCUCCCCAAUUAUAUAAUCAAAUGUUUAAUACACAACAACCUCAACAACAUAAACAACCUCAACCUCAACAACAACAAAGCGGCGGACUUCGACCUCUUUUACCAGCUGCUUCUUUCUUACCCGCUCUUCGUAUGGGUGGUUAUGAGAAAAUAUACGGUAACGUAUGUCGCUAUUAAGAAAAGAUGAUGAUAUUCUUGUAAAUAAAAAUUCCCUUCCCUUCCCUCCCUCCCCAUUCAUUGUUCACAUCCCUUAUUAUAUGACCCUUUCCCAUUCUACCUAUUACACAUUAUAAGCCCUGUCAAAAAAAUAAAAUAAACAUAUAAAUAUAUAUAAUACAAAAACAUUUACCCGCCUCUGACUCACAUUAUGUGUAUGUUUCGGUAGAGCACUCACCACCACUCAUCCCAAAUACACCUUUGCCUCACAUACUAGAAAAUAAAAAGGAAGACUUCAUUCAUAAAAGACUACUUGCACUACGCGCUUAUUUGCGUGAUGCAAUCAGAGCGUAUGUUUAUCUGAUCUUUUCUAUUUUCCUGAAAAAACAAGUGAU